AUGGCAGACAGGAACUUCCAGGCCGAAUACGACGAGCUGGUGGGGAACAGCCUGAAUGGUUUCACGGCAUUCAUGUCUGCGGCGCAGGACGACUUUGGCUUCUCUCGAGAUAACACCCAGAACCGGAGCCAGGCGUCCAAUCUACUGGACACACUACAGAACGAUCAGCGAGAAGACGAAGACGUUCGACGACAACCCCUCCAAUUACCGCCUGUCUUCGGUUACAGGGCUGUUCGAUCAUUAAGCGGGCGCCAGCGACCCGACGGUACUGAAGACGACUUAGAGGCAGUGAGAGCCCUGUGGAAUCGUAGAGCCCAAUACAGCUCCUCACCCUUCUCACCGCCCAGGAUGCCUCCUAACCUGUCCCCGCCGAACAUGUCCCCACUCCCUCCUUCGGAGGAAUACCCUGAGGAGAAUCGGAGAGUGAAGAGGAGAAAGCUCGACUCUGAACGGGCUUCUCAGAGCUUCAGGGGAUUUCGGUAUGGGCGUUAUGGGCAAGUCGAGCCCGGUCAGCUAAAGAUGGAAAUCCUGAGCUGCGACGGGGGGCUAUACGAGAACGCUUCCUUGCAUGCUUACGAGAACAUUUUGAAAGACGACAAGACGGUGUAUUGCACACAGUCCAACCGUUGCAACAUCAUCCUGCGGCAUCAGGGCGCAACGGCAUUCACCCUGAAGGAGCUCGUGAUCAAGGCGCCUGCAUCAAACUACUCAUCACCCGUACGAGAGGGAAUGGUCUUUGUUUCUAUGAACCAAGAUGAACUGCUUAAGCGCACAGCGAAAUACGAGAUACAGUAUGCUCCCUUGAGGUCAGGCCGACCAUCAGCAACGAGGGCGUUGGCUCCCAUUAUCUCGAUACGGCACCACGAGGAUGGCACAACCGUCACCAGAACACAUACACGGCAAAGGCGGCUAUAUAGCUUAGGUCACGAUGACGAGGAGGACGUACAAAGGACGGCGCAAAUUCCUGCGGAGUUCACCACCCACUUGCCGCCCUUCAACAUCACAACCGAGUGCAGUUACGAGGAGACCGAUGACGAGGACACCCCGAGGGUCCCAGUCAAUCGGCGAGCACCUAAUAGGAUUGGUUCCUUGCCGUUUGAGAGCGACAGCAGCGACGACGGCAACCCGUUUGCCUCGGACGAGUAUGGCUUCGACGACUAUUCCUUCACCAACAGACGUCGGGACCCUUCCGACAUGUCUCUAGCGGAGGCUGUCGAGGCGACUCAGAUGGCAACGCAGGAUGCCGUACGAGCUGUGGGAGGCGAACUGAUGGCUCCUCAUGCCAAGUUCUUCAUCGAAAAGGACAAGAGCAAAUGCACCAUACGGUUUGAUCCCCCGGUUUCCGGACGAUUCAUACUCCUGAAGAUGUGGAGUAGCAGCCGGGCAUCCGGCAGCAACAUUGAUAUCCAAGCGGUACUCGCCAAAGGAUUUGCAGGACCGCGGUAUUUCCCUUCAGUGGAGUUACGAUGA